AUGACAGGGGCACCGUAUAACGUCGCGGUCAUCGGCUAUGGCCUGUCGGCAAAAGUUUUCCAUAUCCCAUUCAUUCAGGCUGUCUCGGCCUUUAAGCUCCACGGCAUAGUACAGCGGUCGCCCAAACCGGGGAACGAUGCCGGCAAAGACUUUCCAGAUGUCAAGAUCUACGGCUCAGUUGAAGAAGCCUAUGCUGACGCAGACGUCGCUGUCAUUGUCAUUACCAGCAUCCCCGAAACACAUUUUUCCAUGGUCAAGUCAUCCCUAGAAGCUGGCAAGCACGUCAUUGUCGAGAAGCCGUUUGUGCCGACCAGCGGAGAGGCGGCCGAGUUGAUCAGCAUCGCCCAAAAGGCUGGGAAACUGUUGAGCGUCUACCAGAACCGCCGGUACGAUUCCGACUACAAUACGGUUGCCAAGGUCAUGAAGCUGGACAAGGCGCUGGGUGAUGUGGCGGAAUUCGAGUCCCAUUUCGAUCGGCAUCGGCCAGACCCACCUGCAGAUACGUGGAAGACGGCGGAUGCGCCUGGGCAUGGUGCUCUAUAUGAUUUGGGAUCGCACCUGAUCGAUCAGGUCCAUCACUUCUUCGGCAUGCCUGAGAGGGUGACGGGCUUCGUUGGUAACCAGAGACGGGGCGUGAGCGGCGGACCACCGGACUCAUUCACCGUCAUGCUGCAUUACCCCGGACUCCUGGCUACCGUGAAAGCUGGUGUUGUCAGCUGCGAGGUGGAACAGCUGCGCUUCUGGGUUAAGGGCACAAAGGGCAGCUUCAGGAAGCUCCAUCUUGAUGUUCAGGAAGACCAGCUCAAGGCUGGUAAGAGACCUGGCGACGAGGGAUAUGGCGUUGAUCCGGAAGAUCAUUAUGGCACGCUCACGACGAUUGUCGAUGGCAAGCCCAAGCAAGAAGUGUAUCAGACCAUCCAAGCACCGACGUACGUAGGCUACUAUCGGGACUUUGCCGAGGCGCUGGACGGAAAACGAGGUGUUCCUGUCCUGGCGGAGGAUGCUAGGGAUGUGCUGAAGAUCAUUGAGGCGGCCAACAAGAGCUCUAAGGAGGAACGAAGCAUUCGUUUGUGA